AUGUGCCGCCGCGGGAAUCGGUUGUGCCUGGCUUCGGUGCUGCUGGUAUUUGCGCUGGUGCCAGCAGCUUCUCCACAAGAUAAGAAUGACACGAAAACACUGGUGUCGCAGCCAGAGGACAAGGCGUACCAGCGCUGCCUGACGGCGUCCGGACAGGAGGGCCACUGCCGCUCGCUGCAGUACUGCCUGCCGUCCGACUUCCGCAGGACCUUCACCAGGCUGCUCGACUCCAUGUGCAUCAUCAACAGAGCUUUUGUAGGCAUCUGCUGCCCGGACAAACCCACCGCCGAGGACGGCCCCGUGCUGCCAGGGGACGGGUCCCCGCCGUCACUGGAAGAAAUCGUCUCGAGGCUCAACAACCCAACUUGCGGCAAGACGGAGCAGGGCGAGUGGCGAUGGAUGGUGGCGCUGAUCCGCUACGGCGAGGAGCACUUCUGCGGCGGCGCGCUCAUCUCGGAGACGCACGUGCUCACCGCCGCGCACUGCAUCGAGCCGCAUAAACUGACCGACAUCACAGUACGCUUGGGAGAGUACGACCUGGACCGGCGCGACGAGACCCGUGCCGUCGACCUCCGCGUCGUAGAGGCCACGAUGCACCCGCGCUACGACCGCUCCACCUACGAGAACGACGUCGCGGUUCUGCGCCUGCGCCGCAGAGCUGCCUUCAACUCCUACGUCAUGCCCGUCUGUCUGCCGGCCAUCGACGAGGGCUUCGUCAACAGGACAGCCUACGUCACUGGCUGGGGUUCCAUCCAGUUCGGCGGGCCCGGCAGCCCGGUGCUCCGGCAGGUGGGAAUCCCCGUGUGGCCGCACCAGCGCUGCGAGCCUCUCUUCUCGCAGCCCAUCCUGGACACACACCUCUGCGCAGGCGCAUACGAGGGCGGCAAGGACUCCUGCCAGGGUGACUCUGGCGGCCCGCUGGUGAUCCAAGAGGAGGAUGGUCGCUGGGUGGCGGUGGGCGUCGUCUCCUGGGGCAUCGGCUGCGGCAACAAGGACAGCCCCGGCAUCUACACACGCGUCUCCAAGUUCCUGCCCUGGAUAGCCAAGACCAUGGCAUAGGCCAGCUGGGCUACAGGCUGCCACCUGGUUGCCAACAUACUAAUGCCUUGAAAUGUGCUGCUGGUCAAUUGUAGAUGUACAGAUUUUUAACUUUCCGUCAUUAAUCUAUGUCAUUUACGGUUUUAUCACAAGUUCUUCAUACCGUAUAGCUUGGUGAGAGUAGGGUGCCUGCGACUGGGAGGAGGAGGGAAUUAUUUUAUAUUUACAGAAACGCGAGGGUAUCAGUACAAAUCAUCACUUGCAUUUUAUGACAAAGUUUUAACCUGUAAAAUGAGAUAACGUCGUGCAGCCAGUUCUUAAGAAGUCUGAAUGUGACUUUGCCGCGUUCAAGAUUGUUUAUUAGGUACCUGGUACCUGUUGCCGGCUACAGGUAUUUUGGCGGCCUGAGCGGGUAAUAUAUUUGGUGAGUUCCUCCCUCCUUCUGGGCGCUUAUUCGUAUUAUUUCUAUUCCAACAAAAUAAAAAUUGGUGGGUGACUAAUAAAACAGUAACAAUGCGUCAGAAAUCCAAUAGCAAAAAAAUACGAAAUUCUAUUCUGAAAUAGAAUAGCAGAAAUAUUGCAAAUCAACAAAGUGUCUGAGAUAGGAAGAUUUGAAAAAGGACACUUACAUUCACUAGGUCUCAAUUACUGUGUUCAAGUACAAUAAUUAUAUAAAGCCCCUAAUUCCCUGUUUGUGCCAGCCAAACUGAAUUGUAGAUAGUGGAAGUUUCUUUGAGAAUGUGUUCUUAUACCAUAUAACAUUCAGAACAAUUUUGAAUCUGGGGGAAAAAAGUUAGUCAGCGCCCUCAAGUGAAAUUCAGCCCUUAAAUUUGGAUACAAGACGCAGACACAGUAAAACCUAAUCCUCCUACGCUGCAAAAAUAGUAGCAAUCAUCAUAUAAUUACUAAUUAAACUAACGAGAGUCAAUGAACAUCUGUUGUAAAGGAAAGGAUUGAGAGUUUUAAACUACAGUAAACUCUUAGGAAUGGUAAACAAUAAUAAAAUCCUUGUAGUAUAUAAUAUUUUUAAUCUCCGUGUGGAUAAACUAGCAACUGAGAUCGCACUUGGCGAGUUCUUGCGUGGUCAAAAUAGCAAUGCUGUUCAGGAGGAAAAAUCGCUAACAACGCAAGCAAACAUGUACCCAUUUAGUGUAAUUUGCAAAGUAUUUGCCCAGAUUUUUGUCUUCGCUAAUUUCCCACACCCUAGCGGCCACCUGGUUCGCCACUUCGGUAGAACCAAUGCUACUUUCACCUAAGCUGUGUAAUAGUCUUGCACAGCUUACCAGUACUUAUUUUUCUCCGUAGCUGGAUUUAUAAAUGUGAUAGAUGGAACAACGGAAAAAUGAAAGAUAUCUGUUUCAGCAUUUUAUUAUUGUUGAAAUAAACCAACAAUGACACAACAAUGGUGAAACGUAUCUGUAAGCGUCUGUCAAAACACAUAUUGCAAACUGGUCAUUCCUUACAGAACGCGCAGUUGAGAGCCCCUCGCGAGCUAUGCAACCGUGCGACACGAGUUGGAUGUUACAAGAAGACAUUACAUACUGGAUAGUGUAUAACGUAAAAACCUUCUAAUCGUAAAGUUUCAGAACAGCGUUAUUGAUCUAUCCAUUUGACAGUACUGCAUUUCUAUAUCAGACUUUUAUUUAUUUUCAUAAGACCAGUUAUAAAAAAUAAAAGACAUUAUUAUUAUUAACAUGAUUCAGUUUUCUUAAUUAACAUUUCCAUUUAUUAGCCUGUAUCGAAUUUAAAUGAAAGUAAUUGCUCGAGGAUUCUAAUAGCAAGUUUAUAAUUAUGACAUAUGCGUUAGUCACUCAACUGUCGGCGAAUAUGUCAAAAAGGCUAGAAAUUAUUUGUACUGAGAAGUGCUCGGAAAUCUUAUACUCUUCAAAGGUGAUUUUUUUACUGCUUCAGGAAAUUCAAUAUAAGGCAUCCUCCUUUCAAGAUGAGCAUGAAGAAAAUCGAAGAGGGCCACUCCAUCAAGUUCUCUUGUUAGUACGUGUACUUACAGAGUCUGUAUAAGAUUAGGAGAUUCCGUUUUUUAUGUGACGGCCCCCAGCACCCAGUAUAUUUGUUAGUAGCUUGUAUCAAUGUACAGAAAAUCAAAACUAAUUUAUUUUUUUAUAAAUUCCGCUCUACCACUCUACACUCACAUCAUAGAGUUACUGUCUAAAACGUAUGCCACUUUAUCAACAAUGAAACGUCUUCUUCUGAAGUUUAGAGCCAGAAUCUAUAGCUAAUCGGAAGAAACAACCUGCUAGCUGCAAAGCAUACAUAAUUGUGUAAUGGACGUAGCAAUAAAUUUAAAUUGUUUGUAAUCUGAAA